AUGCAUCUACCCACCCUCUUCACAUCGCUCACUAUGCUAGCUGUGACCACCGCGGUCCCGAUGGCGAGCCCAAGUCCGGCUCCCACACCAACAAGUGCCAUGCCAUCUUUUGCUUCACCUUCGCACUCUGUUUCGGCAUCCGCUUCGCCUUCUGCUUCCCCGAACCCCUUCGAGGCUUGGUCCUGCCCCGUGGGCAUGUAUAAGAACUGCUGCAUGGGUCUUGAGCAGACCUCGCAUGAUAUCCUUACGCCGCUGGGUGAAAUUGUCCCCACGGUUGGUGGAUUGCAAGUCAGCUCGGCUAUUGCCUAUCAAUGCAAACCAAUGGCUGAUAAGGAGCCACCAAACUCUUGCUCUGGACAUGGACGCUCCGCUUUGUGCUGCGACAGCAAGGACAAUGGCCUCAUUUCAGCCUGCAAGCCGUUCGAGAAGGUCAAGAUGAACUAUUACUCCCACAAGAUGCAGAUGCCCGAGACCCAGGCCGACAUCAUCAUGGACGCUGUCACCUAA